CGUUUAGGUGGAUAUAGUGACUAUUAUGGAAGAAAAGUACCGUUGCUCAUUGGAAUUGUAAGUGUACUGGUGGAAAACGCAAUGAGAAUUCUAAUUUGGUCGCCUUCAACCGACAUCUCGUUGUAUUGGUUUUACCCAACAGCAGUCAUCACAGGUCUCAUGGGUGAUUUUUUUCUAACAAUGAGUUGUGUGAACGCAUACGUUGCUGAUCGAUUUGAUGACAAGAAAACUUUAUCGACAAGGAUGAUUAUCGUGUCGAUUAUGUUCAGUCUUGGUGCUUUCAUCGCUUCUCAAAGUACAAAGGCUAUUUUGAAUGGGAUAUCGUCGACGGCUCUGCUUGUAAUUGUAGAGGGUUUAUUGUUGGCGACUUUGAUUGCUGGUGUACUCAUUCUAUCUCAGAGCAGACCAAAGAAGGACAUACAUAGUAUCGAGGAGCCGCAAGAAGAGAGGGAAGUGGAGAGGUUAGCCUUAAUUGCUCUUGCGAAAAACCACACUGAGUUAUUCAGCGCUGGUUGUCUGGAAUUGACGAAAUUGUCGUUCUAUUCCAUAUAUGAAUCGUUGAAAAUUUUUGUCAUACCUCGUGAGGGACAUCGGCGGCUUUUCCUCUACCUGACAUUUGGUGCUAAUUUCUUGGAUCAGCUGUCGUUUGGCGAAGAAAAGAGCCUAAUCGGAACCUACACUCUUUUGUCGCCAUUCAACUGGACCAAAGACGAGUAUGCUAAUUACAAAUCUUUGAGGCCAAUUGUUCGUGAGUUUGGGACUGUAAAAACUUUGCAGGCUUCAUGGCUGAUUUAUGCCAGCUUGGCUCCAGGAAGUCUUCACGGUCUACUCAACCCGUUAACCUACACGUUUAUGACGUGUAUAGUUCAACAAAAUGAAAUUGGCAAAGCAUUCGCCAUUAGUUCGAUUGCUCAAAAGCUUGCUGGAUUCGCUCAAACCGCUAUUUUACAGAAUAUUUACAUUGCUACAUUGAGCUGGUAUCAGGGUUUCGUCUGGCUAGUCAUGGGUGGAAUAUGCGUGGUUGCCGUCGGACUCUAUGGCUUUGUGCAUGUCGUUGCCAAACGUGAGAAAAUUGGGUCUUAG